AUGCCUGGCAAUGAGCAGCGCCGCGUCAAGCUCUCCCACCGUGCCCGUACUCGCCCCGCAGCAGGGAUUCGCACCUUGUUCCCCAAGGAAAAGGUACCCGGCAUGAUCUCGCUCCUCGCCGGCAAGCCCAACGAGAAGAGUUUCCCAUUCAAGGCACUCACCAUCGACACGCAGGGCGCAGAUGGCGAGGAUGUCAAGCUCAAGGUCGACGGCGAAGAGCUCGCCGAGGCUCUCAACUACGGCCUCACGCCCGGUAUUACGGGCCUCGUUCAAUGGCUCAUGGAGUUCCAAGCUCGCGCUCAUAACCGACCCAUUGGGCCUGACUGGAGGCUCAACUUGGGGGCUGGAAGCCAGGAUCUGAUCAUCAAGACCUUCGAAGCAAUGAUGGACCGCGGAGAUGUCAUUCUCGCAGAGGACCCCGUCUACGCCGGCGUGCUCCCCGCCCUCGAGUCGCAAGGCUGCCGCGUCGUCCCCGUACCCACCAACCGCGAUGGCAUCAUCGUCUCUCAGCUGCAGCACAUCCUCGAGAACUGGGAAAGCGCUCCGAUGACCAAGGACCUGCCCCGCCCCAAGUGCCUCUACACGUCUCCCACGGGCGGCAACCCCUCGGGAACCACGCAGACCGAAGCAGUCAAGGAGGGCGUGCUGCGCGAAGCCAUCAAGCACGACUUUACCAUCCUCGAGGACGACCCCUACUACUACCUCGAGUACCCCACCGCGGGCGCCCCCGCCUCGUCCGCCGUGGAUCGCCCACGCCCACGCAGCUACUGGAGCAUGGACUACGAGUGGGGCAACGGUCACGUGGUGCGCUUCGAGUCUUUCUCCAAGCUCAUCGGCGCCGGGCUGCGCGUGGGUUUCGCAAUGGGCCCCGCCUACAUCCUCGACGCCGUCGACGCGCACACGGCCAACACGAACUUGCAGCCGAGCGGGCUCAGCCAGGUCGUCAUCUACUCGCUGCUCCGCAACUGGGGUUCAGAGGGAUUCUACAAGCACGUAGACCGUACAGCGGCAAUGUACCGCGAGAAGGCUGUACGCUUUGAGGAGUGUGCGCGUCGUAUCCUCUGCAAGCCCGGCCUCGCUCGCUUCGAGACCCCCACAGCGGGCAUGUUCCUCUGGCUCGAGCUCAACCUCCCCGAGAGCAAGGCAGACACCAUGGCCUUCAUCAGCGAAAAGGCUGUCCCUGCUGGCGUGCUUGCUGUGCCGGGCUUCGUCUUCCUCCCUCUCCCGCAGCGAACCAAGUACGUGCGUGUGAGCUUCAGCAAGUUGGCCGAUGAGGACUUUGAGGAGGCGUGCAUGAGGUUGAAGAGGGCCGUUGAGGCGUGCUGGGAGGAGGUCGGAGAGAGCGUUCCAGAGGUGGGCGUUUGA